AUGGCGGUGGCUAGUAAAAUAUUAAAAACAAUAGAUACAUCUUGUCAUGAAUUUAUGCAUCCGUGGGUGUCUUCAUGUUGCGACGCAAGUGCUGGUGUACUCAUUCAUUCGAUCCAAGCUUCGUUUCGAAUUUACGUUACCACUUACAUGUUAACUUUACUGAUGAAAGGUCGAAAGCCAACCAAGAAAGAACUUAAACGAACACUUUUGAGUAUUUUACAGUCAACCGCAUUCCUAUCGUGCCAUGCAUUUGGUUUUUCGUCUGCUGUGUGCUUACUAAGAAGAUUAUUUGGGAAAUUCAAUGUGCUUAGUGUAGCAUUUCUUCCAUGUUUUCUAUCCAGUCUUGUUGCUAUAUUAAUUGAAAGGCCAUCCAGACGAGGAUUACUAAGUCUCUAUGUAACAAAUGUUGCCUCAGAAACAUUCUAUAAUAUGAUGGUUAAUAGAGGCAUUAUAAAACCGAUUCCUUAUGGAGAUUUGUUUAUUUUUGGGUCGUCAAUUACACUACUGCUUUAUUUUUUUAGAGGACAACAUAAUAAAACAGAUUCAAUAUAUUCCCUUUUAAGGUUUGUUGUUGGCCCUUCUGAAGAAAAUGAUUAUACUAAACCAUUGUUAUCUCCUCAAACUCCCCAGUUGGGGAAAUCAAAUCAAGAUCCUAUUCGACAGGCAAUAACCGAUAUACGUCAAGCUUAUUGUACUAUAGAUAGUGAAUUAAAAACAAUUUGGACCAGUGAUGUAUGCCCACACGCUUAUGGUUGCUUACAUUAUAUUCUUAGUUCAGGUACAAGAUUAUUUUUAGUUGGCUAUACGCUACAAUUAAGUUUGAAGUCCUUGUUGCAAGCCAAUCGAAUUUUGCGUAAACCAAGUUAUAUUUUAAAACUAAUGAUGUCGCCAGACACAUUUAGUUUAGGAGCAUUUCUUGGAGGAUUUUCUUCCAUUUAUAGAAUCGUAUCAUGUGUAAUGAGAAGAUUACUUGGUAAGGAUUCAAAAUACAUAUGUAUUCCUGCAGGAUCAUUGGCUAGUCUCACGUUUUGUUUGUAUCGUAAUAACACAAUUGCUUUAUAUGUUAUGUUGAAAACAUUACAGAUAAUGUAUAUUAAAGGUUCUAGUGAUGGGCUCUUUCCUGAUUUACCACAAGCAAAUGUAUUCUUUCAUUGUUUUUCUACAGCUAUUUUAUUUCAUGCAGCUAUACUUGAACCACAUAAUCUAAGACCAUCAUAUUGGAAAUUCCUUCAGUCUGUUUCUGGAGGAUCUAUUGGAUUAAUUGAUCGACAUUGUUUGGAUACGUUUGGUCUCAAAUCAAGUGAAUCACUUGAAAGAGUAUUAAAAAAAUAUAAGCCAGUUCCAUUACAAGUUUUUAAAUUUUAAAUUUUUGUUAUUUAGUUGAGGACGGAAUAUUAUGUAUGGUUUAUGGUGUA